AAACAAACCAACGCAACGGAUUCGACCGCAUUAAAAUCCUUCUUAAAAAAAAAAAAAAAAUUGAGCUUUGCCGCAUUGGCGCUUUUGGAAUUGUUUCAUACAGACUCGCAAACAAGCUUGUUUGAUUGAUCCCUCUACAUCUUUGGAACAAUCACUGAACGCUCAACUUGGUCACAAUGUCGUUUUUCAUCCCAAACAAGAAUGUUGGCAACAAGGAGGAAAGUGAAGACUGGAGGAUCCGUGGAUACAACCCUCUCACUUCCCCCGAUCUCCUCCAACAUGAGAUCAGCCAGACCCCAGAGUCUAGGCAGACGGUGAUGCAGGGCCGCGAGGAGGCAGCCGCUGUUGUCAACGGCAACGACCCCAUGAACAGGUUGCUCGUCAUCGUAGGGCCGUGCUCCAUCCAUGACCCUGAUGCCGCCCUCCAAUACUGCGACAUGCUGGUCAAGGAGAAGGAGAAGCACAAGGACGAGCUGCUCAUCGUCAUGCGGGCUUACCUGGAAAAGCCCAGGACAACUGUCGGAUGGAAGGGUCUGAUCAACGACCCGGAUAUCGACAACAGCUUCAAGAUCAACAAGGGUCUUAAGAUGUCCCGCCAGCUGUUUGUCGACCUCACCAGCAAGGGGAUGCCCAUCGCUUCGGAGAUGCUCGACACCAUCUCACCUCAGUUCCUCGCCGACCUCCUAUCAGCAGGUGCAGUCGGCGCCCGCACCACCGAGAGCCAGCUCCACCGCGAGCUGGCCUCUGGUCUGUCGUUCCCCGUCGGCUUCAAGAACGGGACCGACGGCACGCUGGGCGUGGCCAUCGACGCCAUCGGCGCCGUCAAGCACCCCCACCACUUCCUGUCGGUGACCAAGCCGGGCGUGGUCGCCAUCGUGGGCACCGUCGGCAACGAGGACUGCUUCGUCAUCCUGCGCGGCGGCAAAAAGGGCACCAACUACGACGCCAAGAGCAUCAGCGAGGCCAAAGAGGCUCUGAACAAGGCCGGACUCAGGCCGCGCCUCAUGGUCGACUGCAGCCACGGCAACUCGCUCAAGGAUCACCGCAACCAGCCAAAGGUCGCCCACGAGCUGGCCGAGCAGAUCAAGAUGGGCGAGGAUGCCAUCAUGGGCGUCAUGAUCGAGAGCAACAUCAACGAGGGAAGCCAGAAGGUCCCCAAGGAGGGCAAGGCUGGGUUGAAGCACGGCGUCAGCAUCACGGAUGCCUGCAUCUCAUGGCAGGACACCGUUACGGUGCUUGAUGAACUCGCUGCUGCUGUCAAGCAGAGGCGGGAGGCUGCGCAAAAGUGAUCAUGGCUUCUGAAAAAAAAAGUUUUUAAUGUUUUUCGUCCUGGUCAUAUUACAAAAGUGAAAAGUCUGGUUUGUUUUUACGACGAUGCCACUAUUCCUUUCAGAUUUUCUCUUGAUCCCAGGUUCUGUGAGAAAGGGGUAAAUGUAUAAGACGCAAGAGUAACAUGGAAUCCUCAAUACAUAACACGCAUUCGCUCUCUUCCGUACGACAGAUCGACCAGAAUCCCCAGCGGCAUUCCUGAUUGUUCAGUGUCAACCGAGCCCCUGAAAUCGGCACUAUUGCUGGCUCCACUGAUGCAAAACCUCAGGAAGAAACACAAACAAAUCAACAAUGGCUUGGUUCUUGCUAUCAAGGAUCCAUUAUGCUUCAGAGUAAACCUCUGGCUGCUGGCGCCCUCCGUAACCUGUCCCGCGUGAGUUCGCCAAUGUUGUUGACCCCGGCAAGACCCAUUGACUGAUCAAGAUCGGCGAGUAUGCUGGCGAGGACAUGCUGGGCACCCUCCUUGCCUGCUAUUCCAAGGCCGUAGAUGACGGGUCUUUGUACCAAGACCCCCUUGGCCCCCAGACAAAGCGCCUUCAUAACAUCAACCCCAGACCGGACUCCCGAGUCGAACAGGACCGUCAUGUUCCCACCCACGGCGUCCACAAUCUCUGGCAGCACAUCCAGCGCCGCCACAGCUCCGUCCAGCUGCCUCCCUCCGUGGUUCGACACAACAAUACCGUCCAUGCCGUGCUGGAGCGCGAGCCUGGCGUCCUCGACGCUCACGAUCCCCUUGAGCACGAUGGGGUUGCCCUCGCCCCACAUGGCCCGCAGCCUGGCCAGCUCCUCCCACCGGUGCGCGUAGCCGCUGAAGACCUCGGCCGUCCACGCCAGGCUGGCCGCGAUCGGGUUCCCCUCGGGCGUGGCAAGGUCCUCAUCCUCCUCGCCUCCCUCCCUGACCUGCGCGGCAAACUUGCGCCGGAACACGGGAUCCGAAAACCCAAUGGCGUUGCCGCUGCCCACCGCAAACGGGAGGAACCCGCGG